AUGAAGUUCGCUCUCGCCCUCUGCGCUGCUGCCGCCGUCUCCGUGACCGCCAUGCCCAUCGCCGAAGCAGGUCUUGGCAGUGGAUUUGGUGGUGCUCUAAGCGGCAUUGGCAAUGGUGCCGGAAACGCCGUCGGUGGCAUUGGUGAAGGAGCAGGAAACGGCGUCUCCGGUAUUGGACAGGGUGCAGGCUCUGGUGUCGCUGGAAUUGGCCAAGGAGCUGGCUCCGGUGUCUCUGGAAUCGGUCAAGGUGCCGGGGCUGGUGUUGAUGGCAUUGGCCAGGGCACUGGUAACGGCGUCUCGAAGCGCGGCAUUGGCAGCGGAGCAGGCGCUGGUGUCUCCGGCAUUGGCCAAGGCACGGGUUCCGGAGUGUCUGGAAUUGGCCAAGGUGCAGGUGCAGGCGUCUCCGGUAUUGGUCAAGGAACGGGAUCUGGAGUCUCUGGAAUUGGUCAGGGAACAGGCUCAGGCGUGUCCGGAAUCGGACAGGGCACAGGUUCAGGUGUGUCUGGAAUCGGACAGGGCACCGGUAGCGCUGUCGCUGGCAUCGGUGGCGGUCUGGGAGGUGCUCUGGGCAGACGCAGCAAGCGUGGUCUGGGUAGCGGCCUUGGAGGCAGCGUUAACGGCAUCGGCCAGGGUUCAGGGAGUGGACUUCUAGGCCUUGGACUGGGGGCUGGCAAUGGAGUCUCUGGAACAGGCCAGGGCGCAGGUAAUGCAGCUGCCAACGUUGGUGGAGGUGUUGGUGCUGGUAUUGCUUAG